AUGUGUGGAAUCUUUGCGUGCCACCACCACCCCGAUGUGCAACAAUUUAAGCCCACGGCUUUGCGCAUGGCCAAGGCUGUGCGUCACCGUGGUCCCGAUUGGAGUGGAAACUUCUGCGCCGAGAGCACUAUCCUUGCUCACGAGCGUCUGAGCAUCGUCGGUGUUGUACUCCCAGACUCCGGUGCCCAGCCUCUCGUCAACGAUGAUGAGACCCUCGCCCUAGCCGUCAACGGUGAGAUUUACAACCACCGCAUCCUGCGCAAAGCUUUGAAGACCAAGUACAACUUCAAGACUCACUCAGAUUGUGAGGUCAUCAUUCCAUUGUACAUGGAGCACGGCCUUGAUGCCCCCAAGCACCUGGACGGUAUGUUCUCCUGGGUUCUCUGGGACAAGAAGCAAGACCGUGUUGUUGCUGCCCGUGACCCCAUUGGUAUCACCAGCUUCUACCUCGGCCGCUCUUCCACUACCCCCGGUGCCGUUUUCUUCGCCUCCGAGCUUAAGUCUCUGCACCCGGUUUGCGACAACAUCAUCGCUUUCCCUCCCGGUCACGUUUACGACUCCAAGACCGAUACCAUGUCCCGCUACUUCGUUCCCAAGUGGUGGGAUCCCACCAACGUCCCCUCCACCCCCGUCGACUACAAGGCCAUCCGUCACACUUUGGAGAAGUCUGUUCGCAAGCGUCUGAUGGCUGAGGUUCCUUACGGUGUUCUGCUUUCUGGUGGUCUUGACUCCAGUCUGGUCGCCUCCAUUGCUCAGCGCGAGACUCUGCGUAUGCAGGAAGCUGCUAUUGCUGCUGCCAAGUCCAAGGCUGAGGCCUCUGAGCUGGUUGGCAUUGAUGAUGAGAACGACUUGUCCACUGUCACUACCUUCCAGCAGCUGCACUCCUUCUCUAUCGGUCUGCCUGGUGCUCCCGAUACUGCGGCUGCUCUGGAAGUUGCCAAGUUCCUGGGUACCAAGCACCACGCUUUCACUUUCACCAUUCAGGAUGGUCUUGAUGCCCUCUCUGACGUUAUCUACCACCUGGAGACAUACGAUGUAACCACUAUCCGUGCCUCUACUCCCAUGUACCUGCUUUCUCGUAAGAUCAAGGCUAUGGGUGUCAAGAUGGUUCUCAGUGGUGAGGGUAGUGACGAGAUCUUCGGUGGAUACCUGUACUUCCACGCUGCUCCUGACCGCGAGGAGUUUCACAAGGAGACCGUUCGCCGUGUCAAGAACCUGCACCUGGCUGACUGCCUGCGUGCUAACAAGUCUACCUCUGCCUGGGGUCUUGAGGCACGUGUGCCUUUCUUGGACAAGGAGUUCCUGGAGACCUGCAUGGGUUUUGACCCCAAGGAUAAAAUGAUUACCGAGGGCCGUAUUGAGAAGUACAUGCUCCGCAAGGCCUUUGACACCACUGACGAGCCUGAUGUUGCUACCUACUUGCCCGACAAGAUUCUCUGGCGCCAGAAGGAGCAGUUCUCUGACGGUGUUGGAUACGGAUGGAUUGAUGGCCUGAAGGACACUGCCGAGCUGCAGGUUACCGAUGAAAUGAUGAAGAACCCCAAGCCUGAGUGGGGUACCGACAUUCCCGACACUAAGGAGGCUUACUGGUACCGCACAAUGUUCGAUGAGCUCUUCCCACCUUACUGUGCUGGCACCGUUGAGCGGUGGACCCCAACUUGGUCCAAGCAGAGCGACCCUAGUGGCAGAGCCAUUGCCACACACAACGACAAGUAUAAGAACGUUGAUGCUUAA